GCUCGAUGCUUCUAACUUCGACAACUCCGUGAGUUGUCCAUGGAGCAGUUGAAGUCCGUCGUUUGGACUCCCCUGGAACGAAGAUGCCUCCACCUCCUCCAACGGGCCAGGAGCUCGAGACCCGCCCUCCUCCAGAUCCACGCCUUCAUGCUCCGCCACGCUCUCGACCUCAACGUCAAUCUCGUCACCAAGCUCGUCGCCAGCUGCGCCUCCGUCGCCUCCGGUGCCGACCCGCUCGCCGGGUUACGCCACGCCCGCCUCGUGUUCGACGGAAGUCCCCACAGAGACGAUGGGUUCCUCUGCAACGCCGUGAUCAAGGCCCACGUGGGUCUGCGCCGGUUCGGCGAAGCACUCGCCCUUUACCGAGAUCUCCGGAGGGACGCCGGCUUUUCACCCGAUAACUUCACGUUCACGGCGCUGGCGAAGUGUGGCUCGUCGGCCGUGUCCUGUUGGGAAGGGCUGCAGGUGCAGUGCCAUGUUGUUAAGAUGGGGUUCUGGUCCGACUUGUACGUGUCCACGGCGUUCGUCGAUUUGUAUGCGAAAUGGGGGAGCGUGGAAGCUGCGAGGAUGGUGUUUGACGACAUGAGUGUGAGGAGCCUGGUGUCGUGGACGGCUCUGAUAGGUGGUUACGCGAGGAGUGGGGAUAUGGGAAAUGCGAGGAAGUUGUUCGAGGAAAUGCCUGAGAAGGACUCUGCAGCAUUCAACUUAAUGAUUGAUGGCUAUGUUAAGUUGGGAGAUAUGGACCCAGCCAACGAUUUGUUUAACGAGAUGCCGGAGUGGAAUGUGGUUUCUUGGACUACGAUGAUCAAUGGGUAUUGCAAUGUUGGCGACAUAAAAUCUGCUCGCUCACUCUUUGAUGUCAUGCCAGAAAAGAAUCUAUUUUCUUGGAAUGUGAUAAUAAAUGGAUAUUGCCAAAAUAAACAGCCCCAUGAAGCUUUGAGAUUGUUUUCUGAGAUGCAGUCAACUGCAUUGGUUGAGCCUGAUGAAGUCACUCUUGUGUGCGUUCUUCCGGCUAUAGCUGAUCUGGGUGCUCUAGAUUUAGGCAAUCAGGUUUAUCGGUUUGCACAGAAAAAGAAGCUUGACCGAGCAACCAAUGUGGGUACAGCACUUGUGGAUAUGUUUGCUAAAUGUGGUGAGAUCGGUAAAGCCAAGAGAGUGUUUAAUAUGUUGCAUGAAAGACAGGUAGCUUCUUGGAAUGCUUUGAUAAAUGGGCUUGCAGUCAAUGGGUGUGGCAAAGAAGCAUUGGAAAUAUUCCUGGAGAUGCAACAGCAAGGUGUCCCACCAAAUGAUAUAACCAUGGUUGGUGUGCUAUCUGCAUGUAACCACGCUGGUUUGGUGAAGGAAGGGAAGAAGUGGUUUAAAGCAAUGGAUGAGUUUGGGCUUGCCCCUCAAAUUGAGCACUAUGGUUGUAUGGUAGAUCUAUUAGGUAGAGCAGGAUAUUUGGAAGAAGCUGAACAGAUAAUCAAGAGCAUGCCCUAUGAGCCUAAUGCAAUAAUAUUGAGCUCCUUCUUAUUUGCUUGUGGAUACUUCAAGGAUGUGAUGAGGGCAGAGAGGAUUAGAAGGAGAACAGUCAAUAUGGAGCCGCAAAAUGAUGGGAACUAUAUUAUGUUGAGAAACCUAUAUGCAGCGGAGAAGAGAUGGACUGAUGCACAGGAGAUUAAGAGGUUGAUGAGUACAAAUGGAGCAAAUAAGGAAACUGGUUGCAGUGUUAUUGAGAUUGAUGGGAGAAUGAGUGAGUUUUUGGCUGGAAACAGAUUACACCCACAUUAUGAGAUUAUCCAUUCAACAUUGGGUCAAUUAUUUAAGCAUAUGAGGGGACAAGUCAUUGACCAAGCACUAUAUUGAUAGCAAUGCUCUGUGCAGGAUGAUUAAUGGGGUUACACUUGGCACUUCAUCACAAAUUGGACAGUGAAAAGAAUUUCCACUCGUCAUGGUUGAGUCUCUCCAGUGGCUCUGUUGAUAAAUCUCCAUAUUGGUCAGUCCGUCAAGAUUCAUAGUCAGCAUCUAUAUUUCACCUUCACCAGAUUACUGGAACACCAUGGAUUCUUGUCCUCUGGAUAAAGGCCUCAAGUCAUGGAUGAAAGAUGAAGCUUUAAGCAUGGUCUGAAUUUCCUGUGGAAUUCUUGAAAUUAAGUGAUAUACUUUAUGAAGAGAAUGCAGUACAAAAGAGGACUGACGAGAGGAUUUGGUGGAGACAUUUCCAGAUGGCAAAAAAACAAUGGAGCAAAUCAAAGCCAAGUCAUCAUACUGAAUGAGACAAUGUGGGAGGUAGCAAAUUUAUUAUGCACUCGAAAGAGUAUACUCGUUCUGUCAGAAGGCCUGAGAAGCCCAGGAGAGACCAGAUGUAUCGAGAACUUGUUCGCGGAAACCACAAAAGCUGUUCAUGAAAGCACAGAGGUCUUUAGGGUGUGGAAUUUGCUCACAACUUGAGCAUAACAGAGGACUAUCGAAACUGAGGAGACUAUUGAGUAAUGGCAGAUCAAAGCCACACAGGAUGGAGUUGGCUAGGGCCUAAUUUCAAUUCAUCUGGAUGGUGUGGAUAAUUAAUCGAGGCCUACAGUGAAGUCAGUCUAGUCCCGUUAGCCAACUAAUUCGAGCAGGUCCAGGUCGGGUUCAAAGUAUUUUAUAAAAAGAAUAAGAUAGAAGUAGAGUUAAUCACCUUGCACUGGAGACUGGAUAGGAUUAAAAACCCUGGAUGAAGCUGGAAAAGUCAAAUUCGUUAACGUUUCAGGCACAUUUCCACUUCUCUCUGGGUGACAUGAAAAAGUACAUAGACCCUUACUCAGAGAAUGAAGCUUCAACAGACAAUGUGGCAACAUAAACGGAUUGUUAUAGUUGGACCACAAAGAUUCAGAAUCAGCAUCAAAAAAUGGUUUGGCUGCUUGACUUUGAGGAUCAAUCACUGUUGGGAUGUGAGGACUAGUGAAGGAUUCAUAGUUUGUGCAGGAACAGGGAAGAAGAAAAGAAAUGAUCUUUCUUUAGCAAGAGGGAUAUUAAAUAUAUGUAGGUGAUAUGGCACUUUAUGUUCGGUCUUGUGUAACUUGGUGACGUUACUCGCUGGAUUGACUUGAUUGUUGUGAUAUACACACAAAAAUAACACUCUUCCGUGGAGGCUUUCGCGAAAAUUUUCUGAUGUAAUCCCUUUAUGUUGGAUAGCUAGGACAUUCUAGCAUCAGUUAUUGAGUCUUGCUCUUAAAUGA